AUGGAGCAGCCAUCAGAGUUGGAUCCACUCGGAGCCCAAAACAUGUUGUUCGCUCAAACCCAACCUCCUCCGCCCUCCGCCCUCCUCGCGUCCCCCGGCCGCCUCUUCCCACUCCUCAACGACAACAAUGCUUCGGCAAACCUCGCCACCGACCCACUCGCAUCUUCAUCGUCCACGUCCUCCAUUGACACCGCUCGCAAGCAGGCGCGGCGUAAAGCUGCUCCGUACAGCAACGCCGGACCGCGGCCCGGUGUAGAGCGUGCAACGACGGCAACAAGUUCGGCAUCUAACGCGGACGGAACCGAGGAAGACAGUAACGAUCCGCCGACGAGUAAUCCGAGAAAGUCACGCGGCGGCGGUGUUGCCCAGACACUGACGACGUGCCGCAAGGGCAAGCGACGGUGUGAGCCGUCUCCGCUAGUGCCGCCGGAUCACCCCGACGUCGCAAAGCUGCCGUGUGCUAGAUGCCGUCGGUUCGCUCUCGACUGCGUUCGCAUGCGCGUGUCUCGACGCAAAGGCCCGGCCCCUGUUGCCAUCUCCGAUGCUGCUCACGGAUACACGCAAGCCGCAGCCAGUGUCCUGGAGCCGACGAUCAUCGAUCCGACCAAGACGGCUACGUCCAGCACAGUGCAGGCGAGCCCAUUGAACUUUGACGUCAACAGUCUUGCAGCUACCGGUCUGCCAUCGCCCUCGUACCCCUUGCUUGCCGGAUCGUCACCGAGCACGUGGACUGACAAUGCCGCCAUCCCCACGAGCCUUGAUCAAGUAGUCGCUCCAGCGGUCAUGGAUAACAUCAUUGGCCUCUUCUUCGACUACGUCUAUCCCCUCACGCCCGCCCUUCACCGGCCGUCCUUUAUGGCAGACCUCGCGGCCAGGCGAGACAAGUCAGAUCCCGUCUUCUUCGCCCUUGCGCUUGUCGUCUUGGCGUCUACGCUGGUCCAGGUGCCCCGUGUGCUGAUCAGCCUCGACAAGGACGAGGUAGAGCAGCUCGCGCGUCGAUGCGUCCGGGUUGCCCGUGCUAAGACGGCUUUCAUCUGGGACGACUCGGUGCCAAUGCGAGCUGAGUUUGUCGUUAUUUUCUACUUGGAGGGUAUCGUUCACCUGCUUCUCGGUAACAACACGGCACAUGUGAUCUCCACAGCACAGGCCAAUCAGUGUGCUCUCGCUCUGCGCCUAAACGAGGAAUCGAAUCUCAACCCGAUCGAGUCUGAAGUGCGGCGGCGCAUCUACUGGUUGCUGUUCCAGGCCGACAAGAGCACUGCAUGCCUUCGGGCGCGUACGAUCUGCCUGCGCCUGGAAGAUGCCCAAGGUCUCCGCCUUCCUUCGGAGGUCGAUGAUGAGCAAAUCACCGCCGCUGGAAUCUUACCUCAGCCGGUUGGCCAGACGCCACUCAUCACUGGCUUCAACGUCGUUACAAACCUCUUCCGCAUUCUCAACGAUGCACUCCUGCUGCAGCGACGUAAGGCGCCGCCGACCGUUGACAGCAUCCUAGCCGACCUCCAGAAUGUCAACCAGCUGCGGGACCGCACCGUGAAUGCGACGACUGAGGUGGCAUCGCCAUUGAAGUCUCGCUCGGCCUUCGACUCGCGGGCUGCCAGCCCGGCCAAGGGAUGGGAGGCGAAUCUGCAAGCCCGUUUCAUGGAUUUCUUCCAGACGGCGUCGGACUCGAGUCAUGUCAACAGCUUCAUGGUCAUGCAGGGCAACAUCCUCGUCACGCAACAAGUCGUGCGACUUGUCCUGUUACAGACACGGGAGGCGCUGUUGACCCAGCUCGCGGCGCUGACGCAGAUGCCGCUGCAGGGUGUCGGUGGUCUCGCCGGUGUCCAGAACAGCGAGGUCGCCGAGGACAUUGCCUGUGAUCUGUUGGAUGGCCUGAACAGCCUGCCCGAAGAGUGCCUGGCGACGAACGGUCCGUCGCUGGUGCAGAAGGUGCGCUUCGUUGCGAUCCAGCUCAUGGAAUGCUCGACGUCGUCGCGGCCACAAGCCGUUCGAGCCCAGAGUCUGCUGAUGCAAUUCCUGUCCGUCCUCGGUGUCAUCGAGGGAAUGUACACAUUUGGCAGGGACGUCUCGGCGGAGUAG